GCGGGACUUUAGUUUCUCAUUCACCACUCUAAUCACGACUUCCAUUCGCGGGUUACCAGUUCCCGCUGGAAUGUCCCUUCCCAGCUGUUCUGAGCAGUCUGUACAACCGUCCGUGGUCUCGGCCGCCAACAACAUCUCGGAACGCCUGGAGAAGGUUCAUUCUGCGUCCUGGCAAGAAUUGGAAGUUCAGGACGAUGGCGACCAGUCAACCCCGAUGGAAUACAAGGUAUAUAAACAAAGGUUUAUUGGCGUUCUGGGUGUGGUCCUUUUGAAUAUCGUUGGGGGAAUGGCAUGGCCUUGGUUUGGACCAAUAUCGAACAACAUGGUCGACGACUGGGGCAUUACGUUGACCGAAGUCAGUUGGCUUGGAAACAUCACUGCUUGUCUAUAUCUCUCUGUUGCACUUAUCAUGCCCGGCCUUUUCGCCCGUUUCAGCAUUCGACGAUGUUGUGAUCUCGGAGCCGUCUGCCUCAUCAUUGGGGCAUGGGUACGAUACUCUGGAACGGUCAAUGGUCUAUCGAGUUCUUCAGCAUAUGCAUUGUUUUUUAUUGGUCAGGCCUUUGCUUCAAUCUCCCAAACCAUUUAUCAGGUGUUAGCACCCAUAUAUUCUGAGAAAUGGUUCGACCUGAGGUCAAGAACGACUGCAACAAUGAUCUGUGCAAUUGCCAAUCCAAUUGGCAGUGCCCUUGGUCAGCUAAUUAGCCCGCUAGCAGGCACCACAAAGCAAUCUAUUCUCGUCCUAGCCAUCAUCUCAACCGCGGUCACCCCUGCGGUCUUCCUCGUGCAAUCUGAACCCCCUUUUCCUCCAACAUACGCGGCAUCCCAGAAACCACCGCCAUUCUCCGAGUUCUUGAAAGCUUUGUUUGGGCGUGCUAAGAAUCCCCACAUGACAGUACACGACCGUUUUGACUUUGGUAUUAUCUGUCUUGUUUUCGGCUUCUUAGUAGCAGCAACCAACGCGUUUUCGAUCUUGACGGGCUCGAUCAUGCAACCUGCAGGCUACGACGACGACACCAGUGGGUUCAUGGGGGCGACCCUUUUGUUGUCUGGUAUUGUGGCUGCCCUCGUUAUAAGUCCCUUAAUGGAUAGGGUCUUCACCAAGCACUUGGCCAUAACCCUCAAGUUCUUCAUCCCAGUUCUCGCGGGUGCCUGGUUUUCUCUUAUUUGGGCAGUAAAACCAGGUAAUACCGGUGGCCUUUUCGCCGUAAUGGCCAUCAUAGGCGUCACAUCAGUUACGAUGUUGCCUGUCGGAAUUGAGCUUGCAUGUGAUGUGACACAGAAUGCCGAAGCAAGUUCAUCCCUCUUGUGGUUCAUGGGGAAUGGAUUCACCAUAGUUUUUGUACUCGCGGAAGAUGGGCUUCGUGCAUCACCCGAUGCUACGCCUCCCCUCAACAUGCGCCGUGCUCUCAUCUUCCAGGCAACGUUUGUCAUUAUUGCGGCGGUACUCACCGUGUGUAUCCGUGGGAAGCAGAAAAGGAAAGAGCUUGAUGAGAAGAAGGCUCAAGAAGCGACGACAGCGACUCGACAGGUCACCGCUCAGCCUCCAACCUCGACAACAUCUGUAUUAUAGCCUGUAAAAUCACUAUAAACCACAUGCGUAACAGCAUGUCAAGCUCGUCUUGGGUCAAAUGUAGCGCGACCUACAUUUCGCCCAGAAAUGUACCAUGUACUGCGAGUUGAUAGCGAUGGGAAACGAGUGGGUAUAUUAC